AUGCAAGAGAAAAAGGGAGAAAUGGUGAGCAAUGGUAACUCCAAAGACAAAAUCCCUAAAAAAGCGAAUUUGAUGGAUCCUCAUUCCAUUAAACAUCUUCUUGACAAAUCUAUUACAGAGAUUGUUGCUAGUCUUGAACAUGUGGAAGAUGUGAGGAUGAGCAAUAUAAGAUUAUUCAUGGGAGCCAUUAUCAUAAUCAUUUCUCUCGUGGCUCACUUUUACCUAAAGAAGUUCCCUGUGAACAAAAAUUUUCUGAUCAGAUGCAUUAAAUUGUAUAUUGUCCUCAAUGGAUUGUUGCAGUUGAUCAUAUUCACUAAGGAGAAGAAUGUGAUCCUAUUCACCUAUCCACCCCCUAGUUCCUUCAAUAGCACUGGGCUAAUAGUUUCUUCCAAGUUGCCAAGAUUCUCUGAUAUGUACACAUGGUUAAUAGCCAGUGCAGAUCCAAAAUCAGUCUCUACCAAGAAACCUGUUGAGUUCAAAAAGAGUGUCACUCAAGGGAAUGUCAUCUCUUGCUCCUGA